AUUAAAGAAUGCUAUGAAAUAAAUCCACUAAUUUUCAUUUUUGUCGUGAUGGAACAUCUAUCGAAAUUCGAAUCGUUCAUAUUCGCCAAUGCGUGUGCCGGGCCUACAAAUUUUAAAAUCCGCAUGGCAAUUUGUUGAAACGUGUUUUAUCUAAUACGAGAUAGGAUUAUUUGUAUUUUUUUUAACAUUCGCGUACCUUGUCCGUGGGGAUACUGAUAAUAGUCUUUUUAUUGCCUUCGUAAAGUGCUUAUCAUCCCAAUAAUGGGAUCCGAGAGCGGAACUGUAAAUUUUGAGGUUAAAAAAGCCAAAGCAAGAAAACGCACGAAAAAAAAGAUCAAGAUCGAAGAAGAUUCUGCGCUAGGUGUUAAUUCAAAUGGUGCUGAAACUGCCGAUAAAUCUGGCCACGAAUUUAAGAUAGUGAAAGUAGAACAAGUGAAAUCUGAGGAAAUAUCUAGUGUUUCACCAUCGAAUGGAGUCAGUAAUCAAUAUACAGAGUUCAAAGAUGAUAGAAGGACAACAGGUAAUGGCAAGAGAAAACAAAAGAAUGAUCAGAACUCAAUUGAAAAUGUCAACAAUGGAAGUUUGAUGAAGAAGAUUAAGGGUUCUGGCAAUCUUGUAAAUGAAAUCAAAGAAGAGAUCGAUCGAAAUGAUGAAGAAGUAAUGGAAGGUGAUAAAAAGAAUGCCAAGAAACCGUCGAAACGGCAAGUUAAACGAGAAAAGGCUGAACAGAAAGAAAUGGACAAAAGAGAAGCAAGUAGACUUGAAGUGAUGCAGAAAGCCCUCAGCUAUGUUUCGAAGUGGAAGCAUGCAAAAAGUGAAUGGAAAUUUGAAAAGAUCAGACAGAUUUGGUUGAUAGAUCAUUUACUGGAUAAGAACUUGAUUCCAGAUGCAAUAUUUCCAACAGUUCUUGAAUAUUUCGAGGGAUGUAAAGGAAUGGCUCGAGAACUUUUACUGAAAAAGGGUAUGGAUGUAAUUAAGAAGCUAGAAGAUGAAGAAGACGAUGAAACGAAGGACAGCAUAAUGGAAUCUGUUGAGUAUAAAAGAGCUAGGCAGCUAUUACAAGCUUUACCUACGGAAACAUAAGGGUCAAAUUAAGGCAUUAAGAAAAUUCGCAGUCGUAUCAGUGAAGGCAGUAGGAAGAUCUACUACUGGUAGGAAGGCUUAAUGACGCAUCAAAUCACUUUGAAAUCAUCAAAUUUUAUGCGGUUUUUUCUCAUUACUACUUUAAUCACGUGUGACAUGUAUGACAUUCUACAAAGCCAUACAUUAUCAUUGGUAUCUUAGAAGAUUCUCUGAUACUGAUUUUCAUUAUUUAUGUACAUAUGUACUGGAAAUUUAUGAUCUAUAUCAAAGAUAUGCAAGUCGAUGACAAAAAAAUAUAAUGCAGUGUAUUAAAGAAGAAAUCCUUGUUAUUCUUGUAUACUUUUUUAAUUCCAUUGAUUAUACAAUGAACAAAAAUCUUUAAAAUAAGAUACAGGGUUUCUUUGCUUUAAUAGCUUUAAGCUACAAAGAGACUACUGUUCCAUUUCAAUAUGAAACUACGUACGUAAUAACUUGAGGAAAUUUAUUAAAAUAGCUUGAAGCAUUUUCAAGCUGUUAUCGAAGAUACGCAUGUCUGUUAUUUGCCUUGUAAAUUUUAUACUGUUUGACAUAAAUAGAAUGAUUUACGGGAUUCA